AUCCGAGAAGUUCCCCUUGCAAAUAUCCAUAUACGCGCAUAAUCCAGAAGAUAAACAGGUGUAAGUGACCGCCUCUGAUUCCCAGAAACCUAUAUAUACAUCAAUCCCUCCCAACCUUCUCUCCAAUACACUCUCAAACCUGGGAGAUCUUCACUAACAAAUAUCUCUGUUGUCUCUACUAAUUCAAUUACCCUUUUCUUCCUCUACUGCUCUUGUUCUGUUUCUGUUGUUAUCAUUCUCUUUCAAUUCAAGCCCAAGUUCCCAAGAGUUCAAUCUCAUAGAGAUGGUGAGGAAGGUGGAGAAGCGUUCUCUAUCUAUCAAUCCUGAUUGCAGCCACCUCGAACUGGUGUUCCGGUACUUCGACGAGGAUGGUGAUGGCAAGAUAUCGGCGACGGAGUUACAAAGUUGUGUGAGGACUAUGGGCGGCGAGCUGUCGACCGAAGAGGCAGUGUCGGUGGUGGGAUCAUCAGAUUCGGAUGGAGAUGGGUUGCUUGGUAUGGAUGAUUUUGCGAGGUUAAUGGAAGGGGAUGGAGAGGAGGAGGAUUUGAGAGAAGCAUUCGGGAUGUAUGCCAUGGAUGGGUGUGAUUUUAUUACUGCAAAAAGCUUGAAGAGGAUGCUGAAACGACUCGGUGAGUCGAGGACGAUUCGUGAAUGUAAAGGUAUGAUUAGUGUUUACGACUUGAAUGGGGAUGGCGUGCUUAGCUUCGAAGAGUUUAGAGCUAUGAUGCGUUGAUUAAACAAAAGGCCAUUCAAUCCUCACUUCUUGUUCCACAUAUUUCAUGGGAGAUGGUUGAAAGGCAGGGUAGUCUUUAGGAGGCUAGUGCGGAGAUCAAUGGAAGAGCAUAUAGAAGUAUCACAUGAAUUAGAUUUUCUGUUUUUCAUGAAGCACGGCGGAUCAUCUUAUCCCCUAUGUGGCAGGGCAUGGGGUACAGUGCUUUUCGGGCUUUUUUCUCUUCUCAUAUGCAAAUUAAUUUUUUUUUAAUUAAUCAAAUGCCGGUUUAGUUGGAUAAUCUCAUGUUUUUUAAAUUUUCAAUGGUUGAAAAUUAUCACAUUAUCUCUCCAGUAGAGAUAAAAUGAAUGUGCAGAUCAAAUAUUUAUCCAGAAAAUCUUAGUCUAUAAAACUUUUUGAUAUAUUGUAAAGGGCAAGUCUUUUUUGUCCAAGAGUGGCCACUGAGAUACAAAGACGCGGUCCCUCUAACAUCCCUUCUGGCUAUGGCGCAGGGACCACUGGACAAAAUACUUCAUCCCUACUAUAAUAAUUGUUGAGAGUUAUAAAUUCCAAAGGUCCAUAGCAUUUGCUAUCAAAAAGUAAUUGCUAAGCAAGCUGUAACUAAAAAAUCUUCUAUCUGUAAUUUGUCUGAACUUCAAUAUUAAUUUAUAAGUUUUUCCUUUGAAUAAAAAAAAAAGUAUUUAAAAAAGAAGUCCAGAACUUUCAUGCCAUUUCAGCCGAAAU